AACUUAUAACUUUAAUAUCUACAGGUUUUAUGAAUGGAAAAAAUUGCCAAAUGGAGGCAAACAACCUUAUUUCAUCUAUUCUGUUCAGUCAAAUGGAUUCAAUAUGAAGGAAAGGAAUUGGACAACUGAGGAAGAAAACAAAUGGGCACAAAAAGGAUGGUCAGGACCUAAUCUUUUAACUAUGGCUGGGCUUUUUGAUAUUUGGAAGUCUGAAACUGGAGAAUUGCUAUACAGUUACACUGUUAUUACUGUUGAGGCAUCAUCAUCAUAUGCUUAUCUACAUUCUAGAAUGCCAGCAAUUCUAAAUGGAGAUAAUAUUCAGAAGUGGUUAGAUUAUGGCACCAUUACUACAAAAGAAGCAGUUAAGUUGCUUCGUCCUGCAGAAACUUUAGAAUGGUAUCCUGUUUCAAAUAUAGUUAACAAUUCACAGAAUAAAAGCAUAGAAUGUGUGCUACCAAUUAAAGCAGAAAAAAACAUUCCAACAAAAAACAAAUUCUUAGCUAAUUGGUUGAAGAAGGCAAAUGUUUCAAAAGAUGAUAAAGCUGAUCAGCCAUUAUCAAAGCAAAUUAAGUUAAAAUAAACAGAUUUCAAUGUUAUAAAUUUUUAUUCUUUUUUAAUAAUAUAUAAAGUUAUAUUUUAUUACACUUUGUUUUUAUUAUUUCAAUAUGUA